AUGUUACUGUUACAACCAGAGAAUUUAUUGAUUGAGAAAACCUUUACAAAGGCUUUGGCUGUGGGAUAUGUCCCGAUGACUCUUGACCGGAUUGUCACGGACUUCGACUUUACCGCAUAUCACAUCUCAACGCCACAGGAGAAAACGGGGAUCCUCCUUUCUGUGGCUAUCAAAUGCUGGAAUGAUUUGGUUGCACACGGAACCACAGAAUUGCUCGACACGAUUUACUCGAAGUAUUCAGCCUUUUUGCAAAUUCUCUCCGAAGAUAAUGCCGAGCCGGGCUACAAUUAUAGUCUCUACAUCCAAUUGGACAAAGCCAAUUUGGCUACGGAGGAAGAAAAGUUUACUCUCAUCAAAGAUUUAUCUUUGUUAAAGAGAAACAGCUUUGCGGCACCAUUCCUUGAAGCAUUUAAGAAAUACACAGAGUUGGCCGAGGAGCAACCUGCUGAUCCAAACAACAUUUAUGGAGAAGACUCCGCAACAAGGUCCGAUGGAAAAGUGAUUGCACUAAAUUACAGAGAUCGUGAAUCAAUUUUCAUCAAGCCAUCAAAUGAUCGUGUUACCGUGAUUUUUUCGACAAUCUUUAGUGACGAAACUGAUAGGGUGUUCUCUAAAAUUUUCUUACAGGAGUUCAGUGAUGCAAGAAAGAGAUCCAUUCAAAAGGCACCUCAGGUGAUCAAUUCUCACCACGAGAUUCCAUUAGAGAUCCAGAGCUUGGAGAAGGAGAACAACGAUAACAAAUCAUACAUCACAUUUGUUCUAUUUCCUAGACAUCUCAGUACGGAAGAAGUCCAAUGGAAUACCAUCACUCAGAUAGGGACUUUUAGAUCUUAUUUUCAUUACCAUAUUAAGAUUGUCAAGUGCUACCUACACCAGAGAAUGAGAUUUCGUGUUCAAAGCUUCACGAAGGUUCUAAACAGAGCCAGAAGAGAAGUUUCUGAGGAAGAGCACAAAGCAGAAAGAAAGACUGCCAGCGGAAGACGUUUUGAGCAGCGCAAUUGA